AUGCUACAUAGCGGUGGAAAUGCCGGCGGAGUUCGUGGGCGACGGGCUGCGAGUUCGGAGUUCUUGACCGUUAGUCAAGGUUUCACCGUCGCCGUCCACGAGUUCUGCGACCAGCUCGGCGUCUCUCCUCGCCACAGGGAGACGAUUCUGAAGUACGCGGAGGCGACCCAUGGAGUGGCGAUGGCUGAUGAAAGUGACGGCGAAGAUGGUGAAGAGCUUGGGAGUUGA